AUGUCUGACGUAACAGAAGUAAAAAAUUACUCUCAAAUGCAUCAGAAAUUGGCCGACCACUUUAGAGGAUUGAAUUCGGUGGAGACCGCAGAACCCGGUAAGGUUACAGAUUUCGUAAGAUCGCACGAAGGUCACACUGUGAUUUCCAGAGUUUUAAUUGCAAACAACGGUAUUGCUGCCGUUAAAGAGAUCAGAUCAGUCAGAAAAUGGGCCUAUGAGACCUUCGGCAACGAAAGAGCCAUUCAAUUCACCGUGAUGGCUACUCCAGAAGAUUUGGAAGCUAAUGCGGAAUAUAUUCGUAUGGCGGACCAAUUUAUCGAAGUUCCUGGUGGAACUAAUAAUAAUAAUUAUGCCAACGUUGAAUUGAUUGUGGAAAUUGCUGAAAGAACUAAUGUCCAUGCUGUCUGGGCCGGGUGGGGUCAUGCUUCAGAAAACCCAUUAUUACCAGAAAUGUUGGCUGCAUCCCCAAAGAGAAUCUUGUUUAUAGGGCCUCCAGGAUCUGCUAUGAGAUCUUUAGGUGAUAAGAUUUCUUCCACUAUUGUGGCCCAACAUGCAGAUGUUCCAUGUAUUCCAUGGUCCGGUACUGGUGUUAGAGACGUUAAGGUCGAUGAAGAAACUAACUUGGUUUCAGUUUCUGAUGCUGUUUAUGCCAAGGGUUGUUGCACAGGUCCAGAAGAUGGUCUCGUUAAGGCAAAGGAAAUUGGUUUUCCAGUCAUGAUUAAAGCCUCUGAAGGAGGUGGUGGUAAAGGUAUUAGAAAAGUCGACAACGAGAAGGACUUCGUUGCCUUAUAUAAGCAAGCUUCUAACGAAAUUCCAGGGUCUCCAAUCUUCAUCAUGAAGUUAGCUGGUGAUGCUAGACAUUUGGAAGUCCAAUUGUUAGCCGAUCAAUACGGAACCAAUAUUUCUCUUUUUGGAAGAGAUUGUUCAGUGCAAAGAAGACAUCAAAAGAUCAUUGAAGAAGCUCCUGUAACUAUUGCCAAUAAAGAAACCUUUCACGCCAUGGAAAACGCUGCUGUUAGAUUGGGUAAAUUGGUUGGUUACGUUUCUGCUGGUACUGUUGAAUAUCUUUAUUCGCACAGUGAAGACAAAUUCUAUUUCUUAGAAUUGAAUCCAAGAUUACAAGUCGAACAUCCAACCACUGAAAUGGUUACUGGAGUAAAUUUACCAGCUGCACAAUUACAAAUUGCUAUGGGUAUUCCAAUGCACCGUAUCAGGGAUAUUAGAACUUUGUACGGCGUGGACCCACACACAUCCACCGAAAUCGAUUUUGAAUUUAAGACCGAGAGUUCUUUAGUCAGUCAGCGUCGUCCUGUUCCAAAGGGUCACACUACUGCAUGUCGUAUUACUUCAGAAGAUCCAGGUGAAGGGUUCAAACCUUCUGGAGGUUCUUUACAUGAAUUGAACUUUAGAUCGUCUUCCAAUGUUUGGGGUUAUUUCUCGGUUGGUAAUCAAUCUUCUAUCCAUUCUUUCUCAGACUCCCAGUUCGGUCACAUAUUUGCUUUUGGUGAAAACCGUUCUGCCUCAAGAAAGCACAUGGUUGUUGCCUUAAAAGAAUUGUCUAUUAGAGGUGAUUUCAGAACUACCGUGGAAUAUUUAAUUAAAUUAUUAGAAACUCCUGAUUUUGAAGAUAAUACCAUCACAACUGGUUGGUUAGAUGAAUUAAUUUCAAAGAAAUUAACAUCCGAAAGACCUGAUCAAAUUGUUGCAGUUGUAUGUGGUGCUGCAACUAAAGCCCAUAUACAAUCUGAAGAAGAUAAGAAAGAGUACAUUCAAUCUUUAGAAAAAGGUCAAGUUCCAAAUAAAGCUUUGUUAAGGACUAUUUAUCCAGUUGAAUUUAUAUAUGAAGGAUACAGAUAUAAAUUUACAGCCACAAAAUCAUCUAAUGAUACUUAUACGUUAUUCUUAAAUGGUACAAGAGGAGUUGUUGGUGUCCGUUCCUUGUCUGAUGGUGGGUUAUUAUGUGCAAUUGACGGUAAAUCUCAUUCUAUUUACUGGAAAGAAGAACCUUCUGCUACCAGGUUAUCUGUGGAUGGUAAAACUUGCUUAUUGGAAGUUGAAAAUGACCCAACGCAAUUAAGAACACCAUCACCAGGUAAGUUGGUGAAGUACUUGAUUGAAAGUGGUGAGCAUAUUAAUGCCGGUGAAGUCUAUGCAGAAGUUGAAGUCAUGAAAAUGUGUAUGCCAUUGAUUGCCCAAGAAACGGGGUUGUUCAAUUAA